GUAGUACAGUUGUAUAAAAACCACAGGCUAUCAAUCUCUCAUGGUGCGUUGGGGAUUUAGUGGAACGCCAAUCUUAUUUUCACAGAUGCAGAAUGUUGUUUUUGGCCAUUGGCUGGUUAGUCCUGCAGGAAUAUGUGAUAUAUAUAUAUCAUUAUUCCAGUUGCACAGUUUUAAGCUGAAAGGCCAGCUUCAAACAGUAAAUCAGGUUAAGCAUACCUGGCGGCACAGCAAAUAGAUUUUGACAGCCUCUGCAGCUCUACAAUUUCCCCCUAGGCCACCACUCCCUCAGCUGCUCUUGUUUUCAUUCCCAACCCUUUGCCUACCUCCUCCCCUCCCAUUCCACCCCCUCUGCUUAAACACAACUGAUCUGUAGUUCUUCAAGAGACCUGAAAUGGCUUAUCUGCUUCGAGGACAUAGCUGUGUUGGGGUUUGAAGAUAGUUUUCAGUGUUCUUUAGGCAGGUAAAGGGAGCGGGAUGUGGCCACCCACACUGACUCUGGAUGUACUCCUGCUGGUCAGUUUGUCCCUCGGCGCUUACGGUGAACGAACAUCUUACAGACCUCAGAGUUGUACGCUUGAAUGCAUCCGCCAGGGAGACCCGAGAUGUGAAUAUUGCAGAAUCACAGCAGACGAUGUGCAGAUAUUUCCCAGUAUUCCCUCCUCCAGCCCUUUUGGAAGUUGUGUACCUUGGCCUUGUCACUCUUUUCUAGGCCAGGAAACUCCAGAAACCUGCCAGCAUUAUGUUCACGCACCACGCAAUAUUUACAUUGAGUUUGAAGCCGAUAAAGAUCCAACAUAUGAUGCCAUUACUGUGUCAUGGAACCCAAGCCAAUAUGGUAUUGCAUACUUACGUGGAUUUCAAGUAAUCCUUCAGGCUCUCGGUGGAUCUCAGGUCUCGUGUCAGCUCUUUCUCAUGGGUAGCAAUCUGUCCCUCACCCCUGCACAUGCCCAGAGGUUGUAUCACUCGGAUCCCUUCACGAAUCUACUUCUGGAUAGCGAGUAUGUCGUGACUGUCAUGGCACUGCCCGUCCCCGAGCGGUGGGACCAGUUCUAUCAGAAGAAACAGUUUUUCACACGCACAUGUCCUGAAAAAAAUGGACUUGAAAAGUGUAAGAAAGACUGGUAUCCCAGAUACGUUAAGGUCCAACAGGAGAACCAGGAUGUUUAUGUGACCUUUAACCUUGCACCUGAGAACUUUGAAGUCCGACAGUAUUUUUCAUCAUGUUUCGGUGGUGGGCUACGAAAUUACACAAGCAUCACACCGGAUUUCAGUCUCAACAAGACACAUCACACAUUCCGUUUGCAGAAUCUCCAAGCAGGUACAAAUUACACCUGUGAGAUUGCUGCUGAUGUCAUGGAUGCAGUCAGGAAAACAUUUGUUGUUGUAGUUAAACAUAGCUCUGAAGAGCCACCGACGCCCCGUUUCACAGAAAGCCCUUUACUGAUGGUGCUCUUGCCCAUGGGAAUCCUGCUUGCUUCUACCGCAGUGCUCAUCUUCACUGUGGUCUACAAGAAAAGACUGAAGAAGAAAAAAGUCCAGACCAAAAUGAGACCAGAAAUCAUCGAACAGUACUACGACAAAAAGCUGGGUGAAGGACAGUGUGUUUUGCUGGAUAAAACCACCCGUCCCCCUCGCCUCUUGAUUUGCUACUCGAGCAAUGAUGGUCCUGCCCACGUCAGAGUCGUGUUGCAACUUGCUGCUUUUCUGCAAAAGCACUUGGCUACUCAAGUGCAUUUAGACUUGUGGGAGGCCUUGAGCAUUAUGGAGGAGGGCAGUAUGGGGUGGCAUUGCAGGAGAAUGAAGGAGUGCGACUUUGUGCUGGUCAUUUGGUCCCGAGGUCUCCGUCAGAACCAGUCUGAGGACGAGGAACCGCUAGAAAACACCGCUUUGGCUACCGUUUCCAUGAUCGGAGAGGAGUUGUGUCAUGCAAAAGCGUUGGGUCGAGACCUCUCCAAAUACAUGGUGGCCAUUUUUGAGUACUCACAAGAGUCUGAUAUCCCAGCAGCACUAAGUCUCGCUUCAAGAUACACCCUGACUAAAGACUUACCUUUGCUCUUCUCUCAUCUUCACGGAGUGGCUUUGCAGAAGCCUGGAGUUUACUUAGAGGUGGAGAACAUUUCUGAAAGCGGAUACUGUAAACUCCCAGCUGGGGCUGCACUACAGCUAGCCAUCCAGGAGGCCAAGGCACAGUUUUCUGAGGAGCCGACUGAAGAGGAACAUGUAGGAAUUCCAAUCAUUUCAUAAGGAUCUUAAGAAUUGCAUUGAUUAAUGCAGUCACACCCCAAAGUGUGCAACUCUGGUGCAGUUCAACAGAAAUAUAAACGCAACAUGGACCAAAGACAUGUAAACGAACCAAAAACAGGACAUAAUGUCACAAGAUGCGACCCUAAAAAGGAGGUGUAUCUUCGCUCAUGACUUCUCUGGAAGCUUCCUCACUCUCAGAUGCCCUUCAAGAUGGCUUGAUCGGUUUCCAGGGCUGGAGGAUGAAGGAAUGAGGAAAUGAGGAAGCAUCAUUUUGAGUAUUGAGAAGAACCCAAGCAAUCGUCAACAUGGAUGUUGAUUGUUGUUCUGUCUCCUCUGUCUCUUUUCUGACUGUGAAACAAUGGUACAGGCCAGUGUUGCCAUCUUGUGGACAAAGCAAAAAAUAAAAAAAUAAGUGUUUGAGCUGCUUUCAUUGAACGACAUUACACAUACAUUGUACGAAAUUACGAAAUUCGCAAGAGAGUGCUAGAGGGGUCAGUGUAAAAAUGUUAAAAUAUAAAUAAAAAAUUACUGAAUAAAAAAAUUGAUAAAUAAAUUGAUUUGAUUUUUAUAUAUAUAAACAAAUAAUCUAGUGCAGCGCAGUAAUAUAAUGAGUAGAAAAAAAUAAACAACAUACAGUGAAAGUGAGAUCUGAGCCAUAUUUAGAGACCUGAAUAUCAUUAGGCAUGCAGAAUACCCUAGUAACCACAUAACAACAUUCAGAACACCUUAGCAACCACCUACAGAACCCACAGGAGUUUUGUAUAGACAAGCACCAUCUACUUUAGUUGCAUCUUAGAAACAAAUUAGAGGGAACCUGAAGUAUAUUGAGGCUGCGGAAUGCUAUGAGUGAUUUUUCAUGGAAAUGUGUAUUAAUUUUGGCAUAUUUGUGUAGUUCCUGCUUAAGUUCAUGAAUGAUAAACAUCAUGUUACAGUGGAUAUUCCUAGUAUUUGCAUGCACUUCCAUUAUAGUCAUUCUAAAUGGGGAACAAAAUGAUUGAAAAUGUUCACGAGGACACUUGAUUUAUUGUAGUGAAUGAAUGAAAUUGUGUAAUUUGUUUACCUGAAGUGUUAUUUUUAAUUAUUACCUUAUUAUAUUGUUUGCAAGGCCAAUUUCUCAACAUUGUGUUAUUUUUGCAACAGUCUGUGUGUGUAUAACAUGAAGGGAAAUUACUAAAUUUUGACAAAAUGCCUCUAACGGUCAGUACAUGGUCUUACAUUAUAAUAAUGCAAGGCUUUUUAAUAUUUUUUAUAAUGCAUAAUCUUUAAUUCAGCCACUAUUAAAAAUACCUAUGUCUCAGUGAGUUACAUAUCUCUGUUUUUAGAAUAUAAGCUAAUGCAUUAACUCCUACAUAAAAUGUUUAUGAAAAUGUAUGAAUGCAUGAUGUUUUACAAAUAAACUUUAAUUUUGUAAGUA